AUAUCUACUGGUUAACAUUGUAAGUCGCUUGUCAUUUGUUGGUGAGUUGACGUGACUUUUUUACACUUCAUUUUAGUAUAUUCUCGCAAAAUCUGACUUUCUGAUCUACUCCCGGCUGGGAGACAAACCUAACGGUACCAGUUAAAUUGAUGACGUCAGUGUCAGACUCCCAACUGGAAAGAUGCUGGUGAAAAACUGACUUCGCUAGCCGCUAAAUAGCUAGCUUAUUGAACGCUGAUUGACCUAAGCAUAGUACAGUAACUAGAGCCACUGGAACAAAUGUGUUUUUCUCCAUAACACUCGAUUGAAGUCCGGUGGCAUUAUCGGACAAUGCUACGAAGAUCGAUUAUAUUCAACGGAACAGAUGAUGAAAACAUGGAUUCGGGAGCUGAGACAGCCGAAUCUGAUUGCAGUAAGAUGUCGUCAUCAAGCAGUGAGCUAGUGGCCGGUCUGGCCCCGGAGCACCCGCUGAUGAGCAUGCACCUCCUGGCAAACCCUGGGGACUCCCUCCUGCUGCAGCACACCCUGGACCGCCUCCUCCGCUGGGUCUGCCCCAGCCUGCGCCUCUUCCACGUGUCCGAGCGGGCCUGCCCCCUCCGCGACUAUUCCCGCUCGCGCCCGUGGCCGGUGGCCGGCUACCCCUCCCUGGCCGUGACGGUCUUCCUCCACGAGGCUUACGGGGAGGAGCGCAUCCUCCGGGUGCUGGACUUCCUCCAGCGCCCCCCCUGGCGCUACCACCACACCGAGAGCUGCGGCGGGAGGGCCGGAGGCGUCCACAUCACCUCCUCCACGUCGCCGGCCAACGCCCUGCUCCGCCCCUACCUCCUGCCCAGCCGGGACUUCUACAGCCUGGGUGCGGGCAUGCCCGUGUGGGGGGUACGCCCGGUGCACUGUGGCGGGGAGAUGCUGCGCGUGACCCUCCACAGCGGCUACGACAACUUUGACGACGCCGUGCGGCUGUACGAGACGGUGCUGCGCCGGGAGGCGGAGGAGCAGAAGACGGGGUUCUGUUGGUUCACGCUCCACGCCGAGCCGGGGCUGUGCCUGCAGCUGGCCCUCAAGCAGCUCUCCCCGGGCGUGACGGUGGAGGCCUGCAGCUCGGCCGUGCUGCAGUUCAGGGUGGAGGAGAUCGGCCAGCUCGUGCCCCUGCUGCCCAACCCGUGCACGCCAAUCAGUGCCACUCGCUGGCAGACGGAAGACCUGGACGGCAAUAAGAUUCUGUUCCAGGUAAAAGCCCCAGAACAGCCUCGUCAACCCCUGAGCUGUGCCUUCCCUCUGACCUGCCCCAGCAUCUCGCCAAGAGGCUCGCUGAGCAGCACCGUGUCAGGCCCGCCCCCAGCAGCCCACGCCGAGCAGCCUUGCGGCCAGAUGACCCGUCCAGGGGACAGGCUCGGGGGCCCGCGGUGCCGGGGGGAGAGCCUGGGCUCAGACAGCUGCUGCAGCACGCCCCCAGGCAGCUCCUGCUACUCAUCCCAGCGCAGCAGUCCUGCCGCCCUUUCAGUCAACCACACCCACGACUCCUCCCCCCUCCCCUGCCCCGUCGCCUCCCCGGCACGCCCCUCCCCGGCACGCCCCUCCGUGUCCAUCUCCCACCUGCUGCUGGAGGAGGAGCCGGAGACCAACGUGGACACGGGCGUCCCCGUGGCGAUGAGCACAUGCUCGGACACCGCCGCCGCUACGGCGACAGGCUCGGCGGACGCGGCCCUCUCAGCAGUGCCGCGGUCAAAGCGGCCGGCUGCUGUCGGGGCCUCGGCCCUGGAGAGCCUGGCCAGGGAGCUGAGUGCCUCCCUACCUGACACUUAUACACCCACACCCCCUCACAGGACUUGGUCUGCGAGCAGCCCCCACACAGCCACCAGUCCAGGGAGCACAGCAGGGUCACCGGCCUGGGACAUCGGACGGGCUUCGCCGGGUCAGGGCUACAGCAGAGGGCCGGUCGGGCCACAGACUAGGCCCGCCACGAGGUCUGUGUCGUCGCCCACGAACGGCACGGAGCCGCUAGAUGAGUUCUUUAUCUGACUGGUCUCUGUGUGCUUUAGGGUUGACAGUUGUAGGACAUUAUGUAACUAGGUGUUUUCUGGAGAAGCCCAUUAAGACUACAGAGACAAAAAUAUUGGAACUUCCUGGUCCUUAGACCAUCAUGGCAUUCUGAGGACCCGUGUCUACAUCUGAAAUGUCACCUUACUCCCAGUCUAGUGCUAGCUCAUAGGCCUCUGGUCAAAACUAAUGCACAUUAUAAGGAAUACAGGACACUGUUGGACCCAAACUAGCUGGGCUAGAACAUGUGGUAAAGCCUAUGAAUAGUCUGUGUAACAAACUAGGCAUCUAUGCAUUUUAUUAGCAGUUUAAGUUGAAAUGCAUACAAAUAUAUGAAGCGAGAGGUUGGUAAAUGUGGUGGGAUGUUUCAUUUGGUUGAUCUGUGUGGUAUCAGACUGGAAGCAUAUCUCAAUCAGUGGCCUAAAUCUUAAAACAAUAUAACAUAGCACUGUCUGUCCAGUCUGACAAAAGUAUUUUACCCUUUUUAUCAUUUUUCUAUUCUGAAUGUUCAAAAGUAUUAUUAAAUGAAGGGAAACAAAUAAAGUGUAUACUUAUUUAUUUAAUUAACAACUUUGUGCAACACCCAAUAGCCAUGUGUGUGAAAAUAAUUGCAAUGUUCUGCUCUGACUGACAUCUUUAGCUGCAAUAACCGCAACAGCACACUUCCUGGAGUUGUUGAGCAUUCACUCACAUCACUGUGGAGGAAUUCUGGGCCACCCUUUAGUGCAGAACCGCUUUAACACAGCAUCACAGCAUUUGAGAAUGAACUGCUUGUUUUUGGUCUGGUCAAAACAUGUUAAUGUCAUUUUGGUUGAAUAUCUGGUUACAUUGUGUCAAAAGGGCAAAAUAUACAAAGGGCAAAAUACACAGCGCUGUAGUAUUGUACUGUAACAUUAGCCUGUUUUUCUAGGAUUACCACACUCUGCAUUUUUGUUAAAAUGUGUAAUAUAAUAACAAAUGUUGUGUUGACAAGAUCUUGCCAAACCACUAUGUUUAACCACUACAUAUUUUAGCAGACACAGAAAUACUUUGGGAGCUGAUAAUAUGCAUUUAUUUUCGGGAAAUGUCCAGGAAUGUGCUAGGCAUAUUUUUUCAAACUAUAUAUUCACAACUUGAUUUAAUGCUAGAGUGGGAUAAGGACUAGAGAGCCAUCAGAUGCUGCUUGUCUUACAUGGUACUGUCUUAAUAAUGCAUAAUAUGUGACAUUAUCGUGGAGCCUUGCAAGGCCGGUGAUAACCUGGUCCCGGGAAAGCAGCCUUUUCCCAAAUGGAUCCCUGCCCAAUGCACUUCAGGAUAUCUAAGAGGAUUUGUCCGGGGCAAUCAAUGUGGAAAUCACUCCACCUCGCCCUCUCCUGCUGAGGUUGGGGUUCAUUUAAACCUGCAAUAGCAAUCUUUAGGCAAUGCAUUUAUUUAUUUCAUGAAUUCCUUGCCCACAUAUGUACUUCUGAUUCUAAAUAGCUUAAGCAACCCUAUAUAUGUGAUGGUAGGUCCGUCCCGUCUCAGUUCAUUUGACCACUGGAAAAAGAAAUACUGUGUAUAUACUGCAAAGCGGGUUUGAUAGAAUUGAGUUGAAGGUUCCACAUAUCUUGGGGGGGGUGUUUUAAGAUUAGAAGAUGUUUGGUGUUUUGUACUGACAGGUGGAUGGGAUGAGAGAUGAGAUGGUUGAAACUCCAACUGGGAGCGGUGGGACAGGGGAUCUACAUGGGUGUCAGCACUAGAACUGGACCAGCACCGCAGACCCAUAUUCUUUAUUACAAUCUAGUCCUCUUAUAUCUCCAGAAGUGCAUAGAGAAUAGUGUCUCCGGGUCCAUUUGGGAUGGGACCAACAUUUACCAGCCUGAUCCUCAUUGGGUCAGAUCCUCAGACAGGUUAGUCUGAACCUAUUCAUGGAGAAUUUCCGCAGAAUGCCUUUUAGUUGAGGACUUAAUAUUACGUAUGUAUAUCU